AUGCCAAGACAGUCAGCACUCCGUUGGCUGGACACUUUCGGAAUAUAUAUUGGUGAUGGGAUAGUGAUCCAUUUCUCCCUGGCAGCUGGUCGGGAGAUAGGAACAGGAACAUUCAUCGAUUGUUUCAUCUUCAGCUCAUCUCCCUCUCGUCGCUCUGAAUCCGAAUGUCCAAGAUGUGGUGAUCAUCCAAGGAACGACGACGUCAUCUCUUCAUGCCUGGAAUGCUUCCUCUCUGGUGGUAAACUAUACCGUUUUCGUUAUGGUGCCUCACCAGGACUCUUUGUUGCCCAAGUUCGAGGAACGUGCACUUUUGCCCGUUCUGAUCCCUGCGAGGAUGUCCUCCGCCGUGCUGAAACUCUUCUCAAUAACGGUUUUGGAAACUAUAACCUUUUCAAGAACAAUUGUGAGGAUUUCGCGAUCUACUGCAAGACUGGUUAUCUAUACUUCAGGACAGGUGGCAUAGGGCGCAGUGGUCAGGCAGCGUCAUUCGCUGCAGCAGCUAGUGCACUAGCUUCAGCACCGGUGCGCCUCAUGCCUACUACCAGUCUUGCAGCUGUUGGCUGGGGAAUUUACUGUGCCAACAGGUUUUUUUCUGAUAUCGGAGUUCGCAGGGAUGUGAUGAAAAUACCUGCAGAUAGGCUUGUUUCGCGCAAUCGACUUCUAAAUGUCUGAUCUGAACCUGCAUUACUCAUCAAGAUGGUUUCUUGGGACCAAAUUUUUAAUGUAUCAUUCGUGAGAUGCCACUUAAUUGUCAAACACUUUGCUGUAAUUUUUUCCUCUCUAUUGGC